AUGCAGGCAAAUGCUUCAACAGUUGAAUACCUAAGUGAUGACCAUUCGGAUGAUAUAGACGCUGAAAUGGACAGUGAUCAGGAACAAGAUUUGGAUAAGUUGUUGGGAACAUGGUUAGGAGAAUUGGAAACUAUGACCAAGCAACUUGAUGGAAAUGGAAUUGAAACCAACAUACCCAUUGUUCCCAUAAGUCCACCACCACCAACACCGACAUCCGGUAAUUUGGAUAAUUUUCGAUUCUCCAUGGCCAAUCUAGAAGAUACGCAGGAUGUAGACUUGGAUGCAUUACUUGGAGAUCUGUGUCAAAUGGAAAAAGAAUUACAAUGGCAAGCUGAUCAAGAAAAUAAAAACGAACAGUCCGAGGAUCCAUUGGAUAUACUAGAACACAUAGACUGCAAAGACAAAACAGACUCGGACCAUUCUGUCAAAAAUGGCAAUAAGAGCUAUGACGACUCUGUAUUUGCGGAGAAAACAGACAAUAUUAAUAGGAAUGGAAAUGGAAAUGGAAAUAUGAAUGUCUCAAUGGUUUCACAAGCACAGCAUAUUACAGUAGUGCCUGAAUGCGACCCUGCAACACCAACCGACUUACCAACACCACCUGUGCCAGCGACACCUAUAGAGUCACCUGCUUCAGAGACGUGGCCAUCACCACCUCCACAUGCAAUGUCUUUUCAAAGUGUGAGAGCUAGGUUGGAAAGUUUACAAGAUGAUCUAUCUAAAGGAGAACUUUCAGAGGAUGAAAGGAUUGCUCGGAUAAAAGCAGAAAAAAUUAGGAUAGCCUUGGAAAAAAUCAAGGAAGCUAGAAUUAAAAAGUUGAUAAUCAGAGUGUACACUGAUGACGGCAGCUCAAAGACAGUACUUGUUGAUGAAAAUAUGACAGUUAGGGAU